GGUAGGUGAAACAAUUAACGGCCAUGCGAGCGUUCGUCUCCCACCACAAUAUAUUCAAAUCCAUCCAUCCAUUUUGCCACGUUGUUGAAGGGCCCCACUCUCCUUUUGCAUGGAUCUCUUCUUCUGCCAUCAGAAAUGCUUCUUCUCCCAACGAAGCCUUGCAUUUCUACACUCAAAUGCACCGCUCCAGCAUCACCGUCGAUAGCUACACGGCCUUGUAUGCACUAAAGUCAUGUGCCUGUCUCUCCAACGCCCUUCUCACACGCCAUGUCCAUGCCCACCUCUUCAAAAUCAACUUAGAAUCCCACAUCUAUGUCGCCACUGCUCUCCUUAAUGGGUAUGUUGCCUCUUCUUUCAGCGAUGCAUGCCAAUUGUUCGAUGAAAUGCCAAACAGAAAUAUCGUAACGUGGAAUACAAUGAUAUCGGGAUAUUCCAAGAAAGGUGAGGUCAAGAGAGCACGUUGGGUAUUUGAUAGUAUGCCUGCAAGGGACGUAGCAUCUUGGUCUGCCAUGAUUUCUGGCUACAUGGGCGCUGGCUUGUGGAGCCAAGGACUAGAGCUCUUCAAAGAGAUGAUGGUGAAUGGGGCGUUGAAACCCGACAACAUGAUGUUAGUCACUCUACUUUCAGGCUGUUCACACAUGGGUUCUCUUCCAUUGCUGGGGAAAUCAAUACAUGCCUAUGCUGAGAAGAACGGAAUUGAACUGAAUGUGGUGCUUGGGACUGCUCUUGUUGACAUGUAUGCCAAAUGCGGAUUCUUGAAAAAUGCAUCCUGGAUAUUUGAGCGGUUGCAUGAUAAGAAUGUAAUGUCUUGGAGCGCGAUGAUUUGUGGGCUUGCUUUGCACGGGCAUGGAGAAGACGCGCUCUGUAUGUUUGAGAGGAUGAAAGUGGCAGGCAUGAGGCCUAAUGAGAUUACAUAUACAGGAAUUCUUAAUGCAUGUAGCCAUGCUGGGCUGGUUGACAAAGGCUGUAAGAAUUUCUACAGCAUGAUCGAAGAGUUUGGGUUGGAACCUGGGAUUCAGCACUAUGGUUGCAUGGUUGAUCUGUUGGGGAAAGCAGGGUUGUUGGAGGAAGCUUAUGAGCUAAUCAAGACAAUGAAACUCAAACCAAACAUCAUCGUGUGGUGUUCGUUCUUGGCGGGCUGUAAGAUGCAUAGGAAUUUCGAGAUGGCUGAGAGAGCAGCAGAACAGGUUUUGAAUGUGGCAGAUCCAGAUAAAGAUGGUGGGGUGUUUACUCUCAUAUCUGAUUUGUAUGCUUCAAAUGGUAAAUGGGAUGACAUGGAACGGGUGAGGAAGGUGAUGGAUAAAAGAAAUGUGAAGAAGUCUCGAGGUUCAAGUUUCAUCGAAUGCAAAAAACCCAGGCAGUCUAUUAGAACCCUCUGUUGAUCAAGCUCUCGUCUGUGAAGAAACCAUGUCAAAUGAUUGGCAUCCAAAUGAUCCCGAAGGAAAAACGGCUCCAUAUGUUUGAUGGCUCCUUUGCACCAUUCAGACCCAUUAUCAUUUCACAUGUGCUGAAAUACAACUUUGGUUUUCUGCAACUAGGGAGCUUCUCAUGCCAGAAUGGCUAAGUCGCGCACAGAGGUUUAGACUCACAACCUUAGCUUUCUGCAGCUAAGGAGCUGCUCAGCAAAGUCUCAGUGCCAGGCAUAACUGCUAAGCCAGGCGCAAAGGUUCAGACUCAUCAAAUUCUCAAGUAGUGAUAAAACUGGCCUCACACAGGCCUAAAAUACCCACCGCUCUCAUUUGAAGGAGACCGAUUUUGGAGAGUCAGAUUGACUCAGACAAUGCUCCAAGGAACUUCAGGCACAGAAAAUCACCAAGGUGUAGGUAUGACAGUGUGUACGGAGUACCCUCUGCAUGAAAGGUAACAAUGUAAGUAUGUAUGUAAUGAUCCAUGUCUGAUAAUAUUUUCCUGAAAUGCUCAGGUGCAGCUUGUGUUAUAGAUUUUCAGUAGUGAGCACUCUCAGGUGACAAUGUGUUGUGACGAGGAUAUAUUGAUACUGAUACAACAAUGGCGUCAUUUUUUUC